AGAUGAAUAUGCAGUGGAAAAUUGUAGGAACAAUGUUAUAUCUACUAGCUGCAUACUCACGUGGAUGGUCAGCUCCAGCUAAUGCAGAACACAGACGCAGAUCAACUUCCAGCUCUACCAUGGCAACGAGCGAUGGGGGAGCUGCAUCAUCAAGUUCUCGUCUUUCUGGAGCAUCUGGCAACAACGAUGUUUCCUUCCAAAAUAGCAAGGUUGCUCGAAGAUCUUCGAUAUGAAUGCCAACUCUGAACAGCGGCGGGUCAUCUGUUCGCCGUCAACGAGAUGAUUAUUUCCAAAAUGGCAGCCAUCACAUGGUAACAUGGUGCUAUGAUGUUGGAUUUGAAAAUCACCAUCUCUCGGCAGGAACCUAUCCAGGAGACGCGCGCGGAAUGUUGUUCGUCAUGAUUUUGAUGCAUGUAAACCAUGCUUAAUGAGGAAUUCCGAGUGCUUGAUUUCCUGAUGAAUUGGACGUUUGGAAAGGUUAAAGAACAACACAGGCCACACUAAUACUCAAUACUGGUGUCUUAUUUUUUCAAAUACUGCGAGUUGAUCUAACAAAAGAAGUAAGAAGUAAGAUUUCAUGCUCAGCGGCCGCCGUCAAUCAUG